CGGGCUGCUGGGAAGGGGGACAGAGCAGCCUCUCUCUCCUCCCUCUUCUCCAGCCACCUGUCUAGUGGGCAGAAAUUGCAGCGCCGGAGCGCAGAAGGGAGCGCGCCGAAGCCUGAGCCGGCCCCGCCUCUGGAGCGCUCUCCAGAGCUUUCGGGCGGGGCCUUGAGCCCUCCUGGGCCCCGCCCCCACGCUACCGGGCCACGCCUCCCGAACUCCAGGCUCCGCCCACCCGACAGGAGUCCGCAGAGGCCAUGGAGACACGGAGCAGCCCGGACGAGGGGACCCCGCCGCCCGCGGUCCCCGAGUGCGACGCGGAGGUCCGAUCUCAAGGGGCCGCCCAGCCCCGGGAGCUCCCCGAGGACUCCCGCGAGCAGGAGGUGCCCGAGGCCCCAGCAGAGCUUCCGAGCGGCCAAGGGGCUGAGCAGCAGACGGAGGAAGAGGAAGAAGCGGGAGAAGGCAGCAGCACGGAGAGCAGCCGCGAUGCGGUGGAGGCUUCGCCUUCCGUUCAGAUCCCAGCCACGCCACCCGCAGCCUCUCAGGCUGGGGAAGGGGUGCGAGGGGCGGCGCGGCGGCUUAGAGCCCAGCAGUUGGAGGCACUGACUCGCGUGGCUUUGUUGGAGCAUCGAGUGAGGGAGCUACAGCGUCAGAGGAAGGAACUGAGGAUCCAGAUGGAGGUGGAGGUGACCCUGCUUCGGGGUGAACUGGCUGGGGAGCGAGUGGCCGUCUGGCGCGAGGAGGAGCAGCUCUGGGAACUGCUGGGGCAGCAGGUGGACUCAGAAAAGGGCGUCCAAGAGCAGCGGGAACAGGAACAGAGGCACCUGAGCCAGGAGCGGGAUCGUGUGGAGGGUCUUCGCCAGAGACUCCGGGAGGCCCAGGGGCAGCUCGACUUGCAGCCGGAAGACCAGCGUGAGCGGCUUCUGCAGGGAGUGCAGGAGAUGAAGGAACAGCUGGAUGUGGCCCAGCGUGCCUAUGAGGACCUGGAAUUCCAGCAGCUGGAGCGGGAGAGCCAGUGGGAGGAGGAUUGGGACAGUCCCAGGGCCCGGGCACUAGACCCCAAGGUCCAGGAACUCCAGGCCAGCGUGGUGCAGCACAGGCGCCGGAUCCAGGUCUUGGAGGAGCAGCUCAAGUCACUGGGGGAGCAGAUGGCAGCUGAGAGCUGGGGGCUGAGCCAGAAGAAGGAGGAGGCCCUUCAGGCCCUGACCCAGGAACGGAGCAGACUUCUCAAGCUUACUUGCCUUCAGGGAACCGCUGGCGAGGACUUCUCUGAGCCCAGCCAGGCCCUCACCAAGCUCCUGUUCACCCAGAAGACAGAUCGCCAGUUGCUGGUUCUCCAGGACCCCACUGCUCACGCUGCCGCCGCCACCUCUUCCUGCCUCUUCUCCAUUCACAGCUCCCUCCAGGGCUCCAUUGGCCUCCAGGGGACUGGAAGCCUGCCCCGGAAGAGGGGAGAGAGAGUGAGCCAGAGGGGAUCCCCCCGGCCUCUGUCCUUCUAUUGUACUGCCCUUCUCCCCGCAGGAGCCCUGGAGGCCUCGGCCCUCCCGCCCUCAGCCAGAGACUCCGGGAGACACCCCCUCUAUCAGCUGCUGAACUGUGGCCCCAGAAAUAGUUGUGGGGCCCUCCACCCGGACAUUGCCCGUAUGGAACACCUCCUGCAGCAGGCUGUGGCAGAGAGGGAGCGGCUGCUCCAGGCCAGGGAAGGGACAAGAAGGAGCACGGAAGGUGCCUCAGACCCCCCUGUACCUGCUAUCAUGGCCCCGCCCACAGCCCCAUCCCGCCCUCCUGGCCCUCGGGUCUUGGAUCUCCGGCAACACCUGGAACGCUGGGGCCACAACCCGGAAAGCUGCCCGCACAUACGGGUGUCUGGGGGCUACUGCCGCGGACCCCUGGUGAAGAUGGGAGGCCGCAUCAAGACCUGGAGGAAGCGGUGGUUCUGCUUUGACCGCCAGGCCCGCCGCCUGGCCUACUACACGGACAAAGAACAGACCAAGCUCAAAGGCGUCAUCUACUUCCAGGCCAUCGAGGAAGUCUACUACGACCACUUACGCUGUGCCUUCAAGAGCCCGAACCCUCGCCUAACGUUCUGUGUCAAAACCUACGAACGCCUUUUCUACAUGGCGGCGCCAAGCCCAGAAGCCAUGCGCAUCUGGAUGGACGUCAUCGUGACAGCGGCUGACGAGAACCACGACCCCUGAGUGAACAUAUCCUCUCAGGGGGACAUCCCAGCGAGGCUCUGCCCGGCACGCGCUGCCUCGAAGCCACGCCCACUGCUGGAAAUCCUGGGCCAGCCCCUUUGGAACUCUCCCGGGAAUUUUGUGGGCUCGGCGGUUCGGCAGGUCUGAGCUGCGCAGUUCUGGGCUGCAGGUGUCUUCCCGGACCGGAAGCCAGCCGCUGAGGCUCUGCCUUGGGUGGGAGGAAGAUUGCGGGGGCGGGAAGGAACUAUUUAUUGGUGCUCCUGUGAUACUGAAUUAAACUUGGAGGAAAAACA